UAAAGAAAGAAAAUGAUGUUUACUUUUGGACUUGCUUUCUUUCAACUGAUGAUUAUGGCUACAGCCGACUGCAGUCCAAAACUUGAUAAUGCAGUAGUUGAAGACCUUUUGACAAUGUUAGUUAAAUAUAAAGGAGGAGCUGAUUUUAAAAACACCAGAAAUUGGAGAUAUAUUCCAGCCUUUACUGCAUCCUUAUCAUAUACCAAGAAUAUCAAUGACAAAGAAAUUGUGAAGUUCGAAAAAGUUUGGACAAACAAUGGAAAUCACUAUGAUCCUAACACGGGAAUUUUCAUAGCUUCAAGGGAAGGACUGUACCAUGUAUCUACUACAGUCAUGUCAGUAGAAGGAAAAACUGUUUAUGCUAACAUUUGGCAGAAUGAGACAAGGACGGUUGGAUUGUACCCUGGCACUGGCUAUAGUGAAGCUACUGCUAAUAUUGUGUUACAUUUAAAGAAAGGGGACAAAUUAACUGUAAGAGGCGGUGACAGUAAUCAUUCUUAUCUUUACAGCAGUGAGGGCCACUACAUUAUGUUCUCUGCCUACCUUAUAGCAUAAUAAAUACACUUUGAAUAAGCA